AUGUCCGAGCGUCGUGGAACGAAGGCACUAGAGUUAUGGUGCCGCCGAAUAGCCGAAGGCUACAAGGACGUUAAAAUCACGAACAUGAGCACCUCUUGGCGGGACGGUCUAGCUUUCUGCGCCAUUAUUCACAACUUCCGGCCGGAUUUGAUCGACUUUGCAAGCCUCAACAAGGACAACGUGUACUACAACAAUGAACUAGCGUUCACCAUCGCGGAGCAACAUCUCGGCAUACCGUCGCUGCUGGAUCCGGCUGAUAUGGUCAAAUACGAGGUGCCGGAUCGAUUCUCAAUUCUCACCUACCUGUCCCAGUACUACCGAGUGUUCAGCAAUCAAGAACCAGCGUCAAAUAAAAAGGUCGCCGAUAAGGAUACCAAAACCGAUGACCUAACCUCGAAGAUGGCAAACAAGACGGCUUUUGUGGGCGUUCCCAAACGUGCAUCCUGCAACCGUUGUAGUAAUCCCAUCUUUCUGGCAGAACGCAUCAGCUUCGGUGAAAAGAGCUACCAUCGAUCGUGUCUGAAAUGUGCCCGUUGCGGUACCCAGCUGACCGUGGGUAGUUUUUACGAAACGGAAAUAGACGGUGAAUACUGUUGUGAAACCUGUCCAGAUGAAGAGAUACAGCUGGAAAAGCGACGCGAAUCAUCCCCUUCGUCUGAGGGAAGCGGUCGUUCUUCAAUUAUCACCGGUGGUGUAACACCGGUUGCUGCAACCGUAGGGCUACCGAAAAACGUACGCAGCAGCAAGCUGCUUGAUCGGAUUUCAUUUUUCGAAUCAGCACCGCUGAGUGACGAAGAGAAAACGUCCAAUUUGGAACGCAAGACGCGGAUGAGCAACUUCCUGAAGGAAACGCUCCAAGAUGUAGAACAACGCAAAGAUGAGCCCGAAUUACCAUCAGUCGGACCACCGAGUUUGUUGACGAAUAGCAUAGAUGGAGUAGAGAUGAAUGAUACGAUCGAUUCGGAUAAUGUGGACGAUGAGUUUGAAAAAUUAGUGGAAGAACUGGAUGAAGAAGAUAUGGGCAGUGGAACAAAAACAACUCUUUCAAUCGUUCCAGACAGUAUGUCCCAUGAUGAUAAAGUUGAUUUACAAACUGAAUUGACUGUUCCUGUACAUACCGAGCCGACAUAUGAUCAAGCACUUCCCGAUGUUACAGAAACGGAGUUGAAAAGACAAGAAUCUAUGGAAAGAAAAUCAUCGAUGGAAAAAAUCGAAUCUUCCCAAGAUAUUGAAAAAGCUGUGUCUCUGACGAUACAACAAGAUUUGGAUGUAUUGAAGAACACCAGUACUUCCGGUGAAGCUCGGAACGAAAAGGACAGUGCUCUUGAGGAAUUAGCUAUUGUUGCAAAGGAAACGGACACUAUCGAUUCCAGUGAUUUGGAGAUCGUAAAUCAGCAGGAUGCCAUUGACGACAAGCAAUCCGAAAUCAAACAGCCAUCAGUUGAGAUCUCAAAGGAUGUUGAGCAAGAAAUUUCUGAGGUAGACGUUGAAGUGACGAUAGACACCGAGACUUUGCCAUCCGUUGCGGCAUCGGAACCAACCAUACAAGAAUCAGAUGUGCCUAAAGAAAACGACUGCACUGAAUUGAAAUUAUCACCUACGAUACUUAUCGAACCCACGGAUAAUACUGAAAGUAAAUGUACGGUGCCUAACGAAACCGUAGAAAACACGGUUCAUGACUCUGAAGUGCCUGUGAAUGAAGAAAAGAAAAUAUCAUCAGAAAGCAAUGAAGGAAGCAACGCUGCUGAUAACGUGCCAGUUAGCACGAAGCAAGAUGUAAAAGACGAGGAACUGUACCCAUCUGAUCUUAACCCAUUCGGAGAUGAUGGUGAUGAAGAAGAAGGUGAAAUAGCUGAUUUACGAAAGGUUCCAACUGGCGGAAAGCCUGUUCCGACUAUGCGCCGCGUAAGCACAAAUCCUUUCGGUAGUGACGAUGAAGAGGACGAUAAUCAACAGCAGUCGCCGUCUUCUAAACCACCGAGACCACCACCGCCGAAGGUGAAAUCAGUCGUUGCUUCGUCAAAACCUGUCCCAGCAAAUCCUUUCGACGAAGACGAUGAUGAUGGAGCAACCGACGAGCCGGAAAUAGUGCCAGUAUCCAAACCCUCACCACGUCGAACACCGGUUCCUACACCAAGAAAAGCGCAUGCCUAUAACGAUUCCAUCAGUUCUUUAGACAAUUCCUUAAUGUCAAGCAGCCGGUUGAGUAGCUCGAAUGUAUCGUUAGCGUCCAGUCUGGAGAGUGGCCCUUCGUCGAUGGUUGUAUCGAAACGCAAGAAAGGAAAAGCCCCCGAUAUUCCAAUUGCGGCCUUGGGUACUUCGACACCGGUUCUAACCCAGCAGCUGCAAGCGGCUUCGUCCGGUACGGAGAAAACAUCCACAGAAAACUUAUCUAUUAGCAGUGGAAGUGGCACCCUGACAACACCGCGCAAGAAACGAUUGGCUCCGGCACCGCCUCCAUUACCAAACACAACAUCAACUCCGAAACAAUCAUCGCAUCCGGAGGACAGCCUAACAAGAGUACCUAGCCAACGAUUGCUUGCUGUCGAUGCGAGUCUUCUGAGCAAUGCCGAUCGUGAACCUUCGGAAACAAUGAGUCGUGGAACAAGCAACGAAUCGGUAGUCUAUCGCCGAAUCAUUGUUCCGCUCGUACUGGAUGAAGAUGGACCAGAGUCACCGGUGCACGACGCAUCGACGAAUACCAGUGGGCGGCAAUGGGAAAAAAUGAAAGACAACAAGGAGGCACAAAAUCGGAACCGCCAAUCGCAAAGUUCCCCAACUAGCGAAGGAAAUAGUUUUGGAAGUCCCGGUGGAGGUUUCUCCAUUCUUGCGAACAAAUCGUCGCAAGGAAAAUGGAAACGUCGCAAAGGACCGGCACCAGCCUUACCGAUGAUCGCUGCACCACUGCCGGAACGGAAACCUAUCAAAAUGUUGCCGCUCAAGGAAAUUCAUCAGGAGCUGCAGAUCAUCGAAACGCAACAGCAAGGUCUUGAAAAGCAGGGCAUCGUGCUGGAAAAGAUGAUACGGGAACGGUGUGAGGGAGUGGAAGCGGACAUCGAUCUCGAUAUCAGGUUGCAGGCAAACUCGAAAGAGGUGGAAGAUUUGAUAAUGCAGCUCUUUGAGCUUGUGAAUGAAAAGAAUGAACUCUUUCGGAGGCAAGCCGAACUGAUGUACUUACGGCGCAUGCACAGGCUGGAACAGGAACAAGCCGAUUUGGAGUACGAAAUCCGAUUGCUGAUGGCACAGCCGGAAAGGAACAAAACUGACUCGGAUAAGGAAAAAGAGGAAGCAUUGAUUGCCCGCCUAGUCGAGAUUGUUCAGCUACGGAACGAAGUUGUCGAGUGCCUGGAGAUGGAUCGCAUACGCGAGGCGGAAGAAGAUUUGUCAAUUAAACAAAGCAUUGAGGAACGGGCGGCAAGCCAACAGUCGAAGCAUGGAAGUAGCAAGAAAGAUUCCUCUACCAGCGCUACGGCACUUUCACUGACCGAUGCCGAAAAACGCAACUCGUCAACGAAGCUCUCAAAGAAAGAGAAAAAGAAGCUCAAGGAAGCAAAGAAGUUGGUUAAAUCGAAAAAGAUCGACUCGGAAAAGGAUGCUGAUGAAACGGAAAGCAGUGUGGCAAAGGAGAAGAAAAAGAAGCGAAAGUUUCUUUUCUAA